AUGUCUCUCUCUUCUGGAAAUAUACCUUCUUUCAAGGAACGUAGACCAUUUGUUGCCCGGCAGAAAGAUGUUGAAGAAAUCCGUCGGCAGCAACCAAAUAAGGUUCCUGUUAUUAUUGAAAGAUUCGAUGGUGAACGUUCAUUGCCUCUGAUGGAUCGAUGCAAAUUCUUAGUUCCCGAACACAUAACUGUUGCGGAAUUGAUGCACAUUGUACGAAGAAGAUUACAACUCCAUCCUGAACAAGCUUUUUUCCUUAUGGUUAACGAAAAGUCUGUAGUUUCAAAUUCUAUGUCGAUGUCACAGCUUUAUCAAACUGAUGCUGAUGCCGAUGGUUUUCUUUAUGUGGUAUACACAAGCCAACCUGCCUUUGGAUUUUAG